AUGCCAGAAAUCAUGGUUCUAAAGUCGUACACAAAUCUGCUAGAUAUGUGUUGUGAAGAUGUGUUCCAACAACCUUUAAGAUCUCUUCCUCGUGUGGUGACCUCUCCUGGCAUCAUAUCUGACCCUGAUUGGGAAAGUAGUAAUGAUGGCAACUCGGUUGGUUCUACGCCUAUUUUUUCUAAGAGAAAAAUUAUUGUUGCAAAUUUCCUUCCUAUGAUCUGUGCAAAAAACGAAGCUACCGGAGAAUGGUCCUUUGCCAUGGAUGAUAAUCAACUUCUUGUUCAACUUAAAGAUGGUUUUCCAAUUGAUAAUGAAGUUAUUUAUGUGGGUAGCUUGAAUGUUCAAGUUGAUCCUAGUGAGCAAGAUCGAGUUUCUCAGAAGCUCUUCAAGGAACACAGAUGCAUACCUACCUUUCUCCCAGCUGACCUCCAGCAGCAAUUCUAUCACAUAUUCUGCAAACAGCACCUAUGGCCACUUUUCCAUUAUAUGCUUCCUGUUUGUCAUGACAAAGGUGAGCUCUUUGAUCGCUCCCUUUUUCAAGCCUAUGUGCGGGCCAACAAAAUUUUUGCUGACAAAGUUGUGGAGGCAGUCAAUUCGGAUGAUGAUUGUGUGUGGGUACAUGAUUAUCACCUCAUGCUUAUCCCAACCUUUUUAAGAAAGAAACUGCACCGGAUCAAAGUUGGUUUCUUCCUCCACAGCCCAUUUCCCUCGUCUGAGAUCUAUAGGACACUGCCAGUGCGGGAUGAAAUUCUAAAAUCACUUCUUAAUGCUGACCUCAUUGGCUUUCAAACUUUCAACUAUGCCCGCCACUUCCUUUCAUGUUGCAGCAGGCUGUUAGGCCUUAAUUAUGAGUCAAAACGUGGCCACAUAGGUAUAGAGUACUUCGGCCGAACAGUGAGCCUCAAGAUUCUUGCUGCAGGUGUACAUGUUGGCCGGCUUGAGUCCACAUUGAAGUUGCCUGCUACAAUUAACAAAGUUCAAGAAAUUGAGAGUAGAUAUAGUGGCAAGAUGGUAAUCUUAGGUGUAGAUGACAUGGACAUCUUUAAAGGUAUCAGUCUAAAAUUGCUUGGCUUGGAGCUUCUUCUGGAAAGAACACCUAAGCUUCGAGGGAAGGUUGUCCUUGUACAGAUUGUUAAUCCUGCAAGAAGCAUCAGAAAAGACGUCGAGGAAGCGAAAUACGAAGCUGUAUCCGUAGCCCAAAGGAUAAAUGAUAAAUAUGGUUCUGCUAAUUACAAGCCUGUUGUCCUCAUUGACUAUUCAAUACCUUUCUAUGAAAAGAUUGCAUUUUAUGCUGCAUCUGACUGUUGUAUCGUAAAUGCUGUGAGGGAUGGCAUGAAUUUGAUACCGUAUGAGUACACUGUAUGCAGGCAGGGAAAUGAGGAGAUUGAUAAGCUCAGAGGUGUUAAUAAGAGCUCAUCUCACACAAGCACACUUAUUGUGUCUGAAUUUGUGGGUUGCUCUCCAUCUCUUAGUGGAGCUUUCAGGGUAAAUCCUUGGAGUAUGGAAGAUGUGGCUGAUGCAUUAUACAGUGCAACAGAUCUGACACAGUAUGAGAAGAAUCUGCGCCAUGAAAAGCACUAUCGCUAUGUCAGGUCUCACGAUGUUGCUUACUGGGCACGCAGCUUUGACCAGGAUCUGGAGAGAGCAUGCAGAGAGCAAUAUAGCCAAAGAUGUUGGACAACUGGGUUUGGUUUAAAUUUUAGAGUUAUUGCUCUUUCACCUGGGUUUAGAAGACUGUCUCUAGAACACCUAACCUCGUCUUAUAAGAAGGCUAACAGGAGGAUGAUAUUUCUGGACUAUGAUGGGACCCUUGUGCCGCAGACAUCGCACAACAAAUCUCCAAGUGCCGAACUUAUUUCUAUCCUUAACAGCCUGUGCAAUGAUAUGAAGAACACUGUAUUUAUAGUCAGCGGACGAGGAAGAGAUUCCCUAAGUGAGUGGUUUGUUUCAUGCGAGAACCUUGGUAUUGCUGCUGAACAUGGUUACUUUAUCAGAUGGAACAAAGCAGCUGAAUGGGAGACAAGUUUGUCAGGUCUUCAUUCUGAAUGGAAACUCAUUGCGGAGCCUAUCAUGCAUUUAUAUAUGGAAACAACUGAUGGGUCUUUCAUAGAGCAAAAAGAGAGCGCUCUGGUAUGGCACUAUCAGAAUACAGAUCAUGACUUUGGCUCGUGCCAGGCAAAGGAGCUAGUGGGUCAUCUGGAGCGAGUCCUAUCAAAUGAACCUGUUGUCGUGAGGCGUGGCCAUCAGAUUGUAGAAGUUAAACCUCAGGGAGUUAACAAGGGGAUUUCUGUGGACAAGAUCAUUCGGACCUUGGUCAGUAAAGGGGAUGUACCGGAUCUUUUGAUGUGCAUCGGAAACGAUCGAUCGGAUGAGGACAUGUUUGAGAGCAUCAAUAAAGCUACCUCUCUUUCUGAGCCUGCCAUUCCAGAAGUAUUUGCCUGUUCCGUUGGCCCGAAGGCCAGCAAAGCAAACUACUAUGUCGAUGGCUGCAGCGAAGUAAUCAGAUUAUUGAAGGGUGUCACAGACAUUUCACCCCAAAAGGAUACUGUCAGCCAUAGCCAUGCGGUCUUCAAGGAUACACUCGAGGCGGUUGAUCUGAUGGUGAAAGGAUUUCCUGCUAGUGCCCCAACUUACAGCAGCUGGGAGAGCCCUGGACCUGUGUACAGCUCGUGGGUUGCACCUACCUUCAGAAUGAUUUGCAAUUCAUCCCAUCUGACGCCUGUGCUGCACUGA